AUGGCAUUUGAUAACAACAAAACCUAUGAACUACCCAAAAAAUACAAGUACCUGAAAGAUUUGGGUGAGGGCUCAUACGGGGUAGUGGUACAGUGUUUGAACACAGACACCAACAAAACUGUGGCCAUAAAGAUCCCCAAACUGAAAAUGUUAUAUGACAGCGAGGUAAGUAUUUUUGUUUUGAAAGCUCACAGCAGAUUUUGUACAUAUGGAGAUACAGCAGGUGUUGUCUAUUUACAAAGUUAUAGUUAAGUUGUCUGUCAGUAGCUGCAGUAUAAACAAUACAGGUAAAAGAGACAGGAAUCUGCAUUUGCUUUUUUAAUCAAACAUUUGGAAGUCAAUUUGAAUUUUAAUUUGUGCCACAUCUAAGAGUGGCUUGAAUCAUUUUUUGAGUGUCGGUCAUCUUAAAAAAUGUGAUUGACUCACCUCUGGCUUAGUUCAGGUAAAAAGUAAGACCUGGGAAUGAAAUAGGAAUAGUCUGACUGACUGACUAAAUAUAGAUGUGAACAUUAAAACAUGAACAUUAAAACAUGUGCUUUGUGUCCUCAGAUGAAAUCGAUGAGAAUGUUGAUGAGGCGAGGGCUAAACCGUCACAACAUUGUCAAGUUCCAUGAAAGCUUCAGUACGAUGAAUGGGGAAGCGCUGGUCUUUGAAAAUUUAGGUAUCAACAUACAGAGCUACAUAGAUGAAGUUGUACGCGGACCAAUGAUGUUGUCGGAUGUCAGGACCAUCACUUUGCAGGUUUGUAUACACACCAUCCUGAAGAAGGAGUUUGUAUUUCCAAAUAUAUAUUCUUAAUUAUUCAUUUCAUUGUAUUAGUCUGUUAAACUUUUGCAGUCCUCUAUAAUGUGUUUCUAUUGUUCUCUUUAUAGAUUGCCACAGCCUUGAAUGCUUUGAAAGAGAUUAGGGUUAUCCACAGAGAUAUAAAACCAGACAACGUCAUGCUGGUGGAUGAGACCCGACCCUUCAAAGUCAAGCUGAUCGACUUUGGCUUUGCCACAUCAACUUCCCUAACCCAGACUGGCGAGAUUCUUCAAGCUCCGUCCUACAGGUAAGCCUAGUAAAAUGCUGGUAAUGUACAUGCAUGUAAUAAAACGCGGGUCAAACAAAACAGUACCAAUACAUGUGUCUUGACUUCUUUAUGAUUGUGUGCUGACAUUAUCUCUUUUUUUUUCUUCCAUUAAUAGAGCUCCGGAGAUUAUUCUAGGUCUACGAUAUUCAGAGGCCAUCGACAUGUGGUCAGUGGGCUGCACGGUGUUCUACAUGAUCACUCACAUGCUCCUGUUUAGCAGAAGAACUAAUCAUGACAGAGUAAGUGUUUUUAUAUACUUUCCUCAUUUUCUCACUUUAGCCAGGUUGAAACUAGUUGUGUUGGUGUUGCAUGUGCUUAUGUUUUUAUGUGUUUAAUUAACAGCUCUAUCAGAUCAUCGAAACCUGUGGACAGCCACCGAACCAUAUGUUGAACAAAGGGAAAUAUACAGCAAAGUAUUUUCUGAAGACCGAGAAAAAUAGCUGGAUACUAAGGGUAUUAUAUCAAUUAUCAGUAUUAUUUUAUCAUUAUCUUUGUAUGUAAAUAGGACUUAUGUCCAUUGUUGGGAAAAAUAACCUUCAUAUAAAACAUAUAACCUUCUUUCAGACACCUAAAAAGUACUGGGGCAUCAAUGUAAAAGUCCGCCUAUGGCGACAAUUUACCAGCCUGGAUGAUCUCCAAAAAGUAAGUGUGAUGUUUGGAAUGUUUCACCAUUAAAUUGGUUUAAAGGAGGGGUAUCAUUCUUUUUUUUUCAGACUCUAUAUUUCUCACAGUGGUAUAUUAAAAUAUCAUUAUUGUCGCUGCCAUCCUAAACACUCUAUUUAAGCUGCUGUCCCUUUUACACCCCCUUUAUAUAUAUGUGAGUGUGUGUGUGUGUGUGUGUGUGUGUGUGUGUGUGUGUGUGUGUGUGUGUUGUAAUUUUUGAAACAUGGAAAAAAUAUUAAUUAUUGAAAAGCAUGACUCCCCAUCCCCCCCAAAAAAGAAACAAAAAAGAAUCAUCAGGAUGACUUGACUAAUUGUGUUUUUUUUAACCAGGAGGGAAUGAACACACAUGAGCCUCAACGGUUCAAGCAGUGCAUGAAGCUGAUAAAGGCCAUGUUGAAGAUAAAUCAACAUAACAGGAUCACUCCCUGUGAUGUCCUCAGACAUCCGUUCGUCACCCAGUAAGUGUGAUUUUUUUUAAACCAUGCAAUUGUUUUUAAGAUCAAAGUAAAGAGAGGCCAGAAUUGUUUUUGCCAUUUGUCCUUACAAACCUUUUAGCUACAGUCCCAUGAGUUUAACACAUAAUUUUUCUUUCUAACAGGGAAAAUCAGACCAAGACCAGAGCGAGUACAUCUGUGCGACCCUUGGAUUUCAAUCCCAGUGCAGCUCCUUUGGUCGAUCUGAUCACUCAAACAAAGGUGAGUAUGGUCCAACCUGCUUCACCUGAGAACACAAUGCAGCUGGAACCCUUGGAUUUGAAUCCUAGUGCAGCUCCUUUGGUCGAUCUGAUCGCUCAAACAAAGGUGAGUAUGGUCCAACCUGCUUCACCUGAGAACACAAUGCAGCUGGAACCCUUGGAUUUGAAUCCUAGUGCAGCUCCUUUGGUCGAUCUGAUCACUCAAACAAAGGUGAGUAUGGUCCAGCCUGCUUCACCUGAGAACACAAUGCAGCUGACACCCUUGGAUUUGAAUCCUAGUGCAGCUCCUUCGGUCGAUCUGAUCACUCCAACAAAGGUGAGUAUGGUCCAACCUGCUUCACCUGAGAACACAAUGCAGCUGGAACCCUUGGAUUUGAAUCCUAGUGCAGCUCCUUUGGUCGAUCUGAUCACUCAAACAAAGGUGAGUAUGGUCCAGCCUGCUUCACCUGAGAACACAAUGCAGCUGACACCCUUGGAAUUUAAUCCCAGUGCAGCUCCUUCAGUCGAUCUGAUCACUCAAACAAAGGUGAGUAUGGUCCAGCCUGCUUCACCUGAGAACACAAUGCAGCUGGAACCCUUGGAUUUGAAUCCUAGUGCAGCUCCUUUGGUUGAUCUGAUCACUCCAACAAAGGUGAGUAUGGUCCAACCUGCUUCACCUGAGAACACAAUGCAGCUGACACCCUUGGAAUUUAAUCCCAGUGCAGCUCCUUCGGUCGAUCUGAUCACUCCAACAAAGGUGAUUAUGGUCCAACCUGCCUCACCUGAGAACACAAUGCAGCUGGAACCCUCGGAUUUGAAUCCUAGUGCAGCUCCUUUGGUCGAUCUGAUCGCUCAAACAAAGAUGAGUAUGGUCCAACCUGCUUCACCUGAGAACACAAUGCAGCUGGAACCCUUGGAUUUGAAUCCUAGUGCAGCUCCUUUGGUCGAUCUGAUCACUCAAACAAAGGUGAGUAUGGUCCAGCCUGCUUCACCUGAGAACACAAUGCAGCUGACACCCUUGGAUUUGAAUCCUAGUGCAGCUCCUUCGGUCGAUCUGAUCACUCCAACAAAGGUGAGUAUGGUCCAACCUGCUUCACCUGAGAACACAAUGCAGCUGGAACCCUUGGAUUUGAAUCCUAGUGCAGCUCCUUCGGUCAAUCUGAUCACUCAAACAAAGGUGAGUAUGGUCCAGCCUGCUUCACCUCAGAACACAAUGCAGCUGACACCCUUGGAUUUGAAUCCUAGUGCAGCUCGUUUGGUCGAUCUGAUCACUCAAACAAAGGUGAUUAUGGUCCAGCCUGCUUCACCUGAGAACACAAUGCAGCUGGAACCCUUGGAUUUGAAUCCCAGUGCAGCUCCUUCGGUCGAUCUGAUCACUCAAACAAAGGUGAUUAUGGUCCAACCUGCUUCACCCGAGAACACAAUGCAGCUGGAACCCUUGGAUUUGAAUCCUAGUGCAGCUCGUUUGGGCGAUCUGAUCACUCAAACAAAGGUGAUUAUGGUCCAACCUGCUUCACCCAAGAACACAUCGCAGCUGGAAGACACCGAAAGAGAAGUCAGGUAAGAGAAACAAGUUCAUUACUAAUUCUUGACAACAGAAGGUGAUGCUCAUGGGAGAUCAGCAAACACUCCCAAUUUUCUACAAAGGGGUCACCAGAAUCAACAAAAAAAUUUCCUACUGUGUCCAAUUAAAGACUGAAUUCAGAAGAUAGUAGAAGGAAUAGAGCGCUAACUUUGUGUGUGUUUUUAGAUUGCAGGCUGAGCCAAAAAAGACGCCGGAAGUCUCAAAGGCACAUCCUCCACCACCAGAUGAUGGAAAAGAGACAAAGAAGAAGAAGAAAAACUGCUGCCAGCGUUUCUUUGCCUGGAUAAGGAAGACCUUCCGCUGCAAUCAAGUGGGAGUCAUGGGGGUUACUUGUUCAGAAACUUCAUAA